AUGGCGGGGUCGCAACCCCUCGCGCUGCAGCUGGAACAGCUGUUGAACCCGCGACCACGCGAGGCGGAUCCGGAGGCCGACCCGGAGGAGGCCACUGCUGCCAGAGUGAUUGACAGGUUUGAGGAAGGAGAAGAUGGGGAAGGUGACUUACUGGCUGUGGGUAACAUUAGGAAACUGGCAUCAGCCUCCCUCUUGGACACAGACAAAAGGUAUUCUGGCAAGACCAUCUCUAGGAAAGCUUUGAAGGAAGACCAAUGGGAGCAUCCUCUAUCAGGUUCUUCUGACAAGGAAAUAUCUGAUGAGGAAGAGUCUGGAGAUGGCGAUUCAGAGGGGCUGGGUCUGGAGGAGUCUGAUGAGGAUGCCAUGAGUGUUGCCGAGGAACAGGAGUGUGGUGAUGAUGGGGACAAUAGUCUGGCAAAAAGGAAGGGGAGCAGAAGCCGCUCUGGGAAAACACCAGGCUUCAGUUUCCAGAAUAUCAGUGACUUUGAAAAAUUUACUGAGGGAAUGGAUGACCUUGGUAGCAGUGAUGACGAGGAAGAUGAAGAGGAGGAGAGUGGCAUGGAAGACGGGGAUGGGGAAGAAGAUUUAGAGGGUGCCAGUGAGGAAGACAGGGCUGAAGACAGGAACAGUGAAGAUGAUGGUGUGGUGAUGACCUUCUCCAGUGCCAAAGUUUCCGAGGAAGUGGAGAAAGGCAGAGCUGUGAAGAACCAGAUAGCACUGUGGGACCAGCUCUUGGAAGGAAGGAUCAAACUGCAGAAAGCUCUGUUGACUACCAAUCAGCUUCCUCAACCAGAUGUAUUCCCAAUUUUCAAGGACAAGGGUGGCCAAGAAUUUGCCAGCGCCUUAAAAAAUAGUCACAAGGCACUUAAAGCAUUGUUGAGGUCAUUGGUAGGUCUUCAGGAAGAGCUGCUCUUCCAGUACCCCGACACUAGGUACCUAGUAGAUGGGACGAAGCCCAAAGCAGAAAGUGAGGAGGAGAUUUCAAGUGAAGAUGAAGAGCUGGUAGGAGAGAAGAAGAAGCAGAAAAGGGCCCCACCAAAGAGGAAGCUGGAGAUGGAUGACUAUCCUGGCUUUAUGGCAAAGCGUUUUGCUGACUUCACAGUUUACAGGAACCGCACACUUCAGAAGUGGCAUGAUAAAACCAAACUGGCUUCUGGAAAACUGGGGAAGGGUUUUGGUGCCUUUGAACGCUCAAUCUUGACGCAGAUUGAUCAUAUUCUAAUGGACAAAGAAAGAUUACUUCGAAGGACACAGACCAAGCGUUCUAUUUACCAAGUUCUUGGCAAACCAGAGCCAGCACCGCAGCCUGUCCAGGAGAGUUUACCAGGGCAACCGGAGAUCCUUCCUCAGGCUCCUGCCAAUGCCCAUCUGAAGGAUUUGGAUGAAGAAAUCUUUGAUGAUGAUGAUUUUUACCACCAGCUCCUUCGAGAACUCAUAGAACGAAAGACCAGCUCGUUGGAUCCCAAUGAUCAGGUGGCCAUGGGAAGGCAGUGGCUUGCAAUCCAGAAGUUACGAAGCAAAAUCCACAAGAAAGUAGAUAGGAAAGCCAGCAAAGGACGGAAACUUCGGUUUCAUGUCCUUAGCAAGCUUCUGAGCUUCAUGGCACCUAUUGACCAUACCACAAUGAAUGAUGAUGCCAGGACAGAGUUAUAUCGAUCUCUUUUUGGCCAACUCAACCCUCCUGAUGGAGGCCACGGGGACUGA